AUGACGCGGUUGAACGUCGCUGGCGGUUCUGUGGGCGGCUUACACAAGAGCAUGACACGACUUUCCUCAUCACAACAAAUCAAUGCACAAAACGCAAAUAUGCCAGCAUCAGUUCCAAACAACAAAAAUGUCGUCACAAAGUCUGUGACAGGAGCUCUACCAGUUUCGGCAUCUGGAACAACGAUAAUAUCGUCACCCCCUUUCACAUCCCAAUCGAUAUCCGUGAACCCGCUCAUCGGUAAAUCCUCUGAAAUAACGCCCAUCACUUCGUCAGUCUCCAUCCAGCACUCAAACACCGCCCUCGGCCACGUAUCCGUCAUCACGUCCUCGUCAGCCGUCCCCAUCUUGACCCAGAUCGGCACGAAUCCGGUUUCCAUAUCCGGGCCGGUGACCGUGACCUCCCGAAGAACGAACAACACCAGCGUGACGAUGAUAAACACGAAUAAUAACGAGGGGAACCACCGCAUCUCCGUGUUCGAGCCUUACCCGAUGAGGGACACGGUGCAACACUUCUGCGAGAAGCACUUAGACAAGAUAAAGGCGUACAUGGAUAAUGUUUCUCUGAGGAUACCGCCACCAGCCAAGUGUACCAUUGAAGAGCGUCGUUCUAAAAAGCAAGCGCGUCUGCAGUUCGCGUGCGGUCGCCGCGGGCCGCAUUGCCUCUACGCGCGCUCUGCGUUCUCUUUGCGCACUCGGGCUCCCCGCGUCUGGAUCCACCUGAUGUUCCUAGCGCUUCAGGCGAGGCACGCCGCCGCCCUCUCGUCCCGGGACCCAACGGUGGCCAGUUUGAAGCACUGCUGGGAUAUACUCAAGUGCGAGAACAAGACUUUCCUUACGCUUGUCACCAGUGCCUUUCCUGGAUUGAAGGAACAAGAGAUGCUCAUCAACGAACUGCGAGCUGCGGGUUUCUUCGACGUGUUCGAAGUGAACACGUCACGCGAGGGUUCAGUUUCGCCAACUCAUGCCACGUGGGGUUGCUUCCUAUGCAACCACCCAGAACGUGCGGUCGGCUUCCUCGCGGCCGACGGACAGCCAGUCAUCGAGGGGCAGUUGAAAGAGAAGAAAGGGAGAUGGAGACUCUUCAGGCGGUGGCGGACUAGAUAUUUCACGCUGUCCGGAGCACAUCUAUCGUGUAAAGGAUCGAGCGGCGGAGAAAGCAUAGAUAUCAACCAAAUUCGAUCCGUGAAAGUAUCACGCGGCGCCAGGAAUAUUCCGAAAGCCUUCGAGAUUUUCACCGGCGACCAGACACUGAUACUGAAGCCUAAAGACGGAAAGAACGCGGAGGAGUGGGUUCAGUGCCUGAGUAUAGCAGUCGCGCACUCUCAGGCGAGGGACACGCCCGCUAAAGCGAACAGCCUGCCUGCCAGGGGACUCACUCUUAAGAGUUUUUGA